GCGGGCGCCAGCAACACCGAGCCGCCGGGCCCUGAUGGAGCCGGAGGAAAAGCAGAUCUCGGUUUGGAUUUGCCAGGAGGAGAAGUUAAUCUCGGGGCUUUCGAGGCGCACCACUUGCUCGGAUGUAGUGCGGGUGCUUCUGGAGGACAGCAAGCAGAGGCGUGGGGGGAGGCGGCAGCAGCAGCAGCAGCUGGCGUCGCUGCAGGAGUGCGGCGGGGGGAUGCUGUCGGGACCCCCGCACUCGUACUGCAUGGUGGAGAAGUGGCGGGGCUUCGAGAGGAUCCUGCCCAACAAGACCAAGAUCCUGCGGCUCUGGUCGGCUUGGGGGGACGAGCAGGAGAACGUGCGCUUCGUGCUGGUGCGCAGCGAGGCGUCCCUGCCCAACACGGGGCCCAGGAGCGCCGAGGCCCGCGUGGUGCCCAGCAAGGACAGCCCGUGCCAGCAUGGCUUGGGGGCCGCAGCCCGGCGGGCCAGUCUGGCACUGAGCCAGGAGCGGCAGCGCCGCGUAGUGCGCAAAGCCUUCCGCAAGCUGGCCAAGAUCAACAAGCGCAAAGGGGGGCCGCCGCCCCCGCCGCACGACGAGGGGCCGCCAGCCAAGGAGGCGGCGGUGUCCUCGGCGGCCGAGAGGAUGGAGACCUUGGUGCACCUCGUCCUCUCGCAGGACCACACCAUCCGGCAGCAGAUCAAGCGCAUCCGCGACCUGGACCGGGAGAUCGACCGCUACGAGGCCAGGAUCCACUUCGACCGCAUGAAGCGCCACGGGGUCAACUACGUGCAGGACACUUACUUGGUCGGGGGCGAGCUGGAGCCCCCCGGGGGGGAGGCGGAGCAGGCGGGGCCGCCCGCCCAGGACGAGUCAGCGGCGGCGGCGGCCGCCAGGAACGACGGCGGCGGCGGCGGCGGCGACUUGGAGGAGUACGCCCGGCAGUGCGAGCAGCUAGUGCUGCUGCAGGAGCAGUGGCGCCGCCAGGAGGAGCUCAUGGAGCAGUUGGCGGGCGAGAUCCAGGAGGAGCUCAACGAGCGCUGGAUGAAGCGGCGGCGGGAAGAGCUGGCGGCCGCCCAGGGCUCCAGCACCAGCCUCUCCUCCGAGGCGGACUGCAACACCACCGAGCUGAUCGGCGGCGGCGAGCUGCACGUGGAGCGGGAGCGCAUCAAGACGCAGCUCAGCACCAGCCUCUACAUCGGGCUGCGCCUCAGCACCGACCUGGACGCCGUCAAGUCCGACCUGGAGUUGACGCAGCGCGCCUGGGUCGACAGGGAGCGGGAGCUGCAGCGCCUGCUCGGCACCCUCCAGUCGCUAGACGUCGACGCGGCGGGGAGCGCGGGCGCGGGCGCGGGCGAGGCGCUUCAGCUCCCGCAGGGCGGCGAGAGCCCCGAUCCGGCGGCCCUCACCGCGGGGGCGGGGGUCUGGGGGGAGCAGGCCGCCCGGGGCUUGUGCAAAGACUGCGAGGACAACGACGAGGAUUCCGACACGGGCCUCAGCUCCAUGCACAGCCAGGACUCGGACUCGGUGCCCGUGUGCGAAUCGUUGGUAUAG